AAAGAGGAAGAUGAAGUGAGAUUGCGGGAGCAGUUGAACGAAAUGAAUGAAACUGUUCGAGAGCAUUUGAAUGAAAUGAAAACACUCAAGGAUAUGUUCAGAGAAGAAACUGAAAAGCUCAGGAAGGCUGAGAAACGUAACGAAGAGUUACAGUAUACAGUAGAUGAGCUACGCUCCUCAUUGGACGAUACUAACGAGCAGCUGAAUGUUAUCAAAGAGAAGAGGAACGCCGAAAAUGUGUUCUCGUUGGAGAUCGCUGAUUAUGAGAAAUCGCUCGAGAAGGUACAAAAAGAGUUGAAAAUGACCAAAGAUGACUGCGCAUCACUAAACGCCGAACUGGAAUUGGCACGAUCGGAAGCGAACACGAUUCGAGACGAGAAGCAAGCGAUUAGCCAGAAAUUCACUAAAAUGAAAUCAGCUGUUGUUAAGCUGAAAGCUGAAUUAGAUGAGAAGAAAGACAUUAUUAAUGGCUUGGAAACGGACAAGCGAUCGAUGGAAGAAACUAUCAAAAAGUUGACCGACAACCGAACUGAUGAGAAAAUGGAAUUCAGCGCUGCGAUUGCGGCAGCCGAUGAGAAAACUCGACAACUGGAAGCCACUUGCGUAUCACUGAAUAAACAGCUCGUCUCGUUGAGAUCACAGCGAGAAUCUUUACAAAGACAAUACGAUGAUCUUGUUCAAGAGCAUACUACAUUCAAGACUCGAGCUCUGUACGUUUUGGAGCAAAAGAAGGGUAGUGACGAUGGAGAGCCGAGCAAUAAAGAUGAAAUUGAGCAACUUGAACAGACCAUUCAACAACAAACCAAGACUAUCGAAAAUCUUACACAUACUCAACGUGCGACUCAUGAAGAAUUGUGUUCAGUACGUGAGCAUUCGCUUGCACUUUCGGUACAAUUGCGCGAAGUGGAACGGCAAUUGAAAUCAUCCAAUGAAACGCAUAAAUCGAAACUAUCAGAGCAACGCAAUGAAUUCGAGAGUCGUUUAGCUGUAGAAAGCAAACUGAACGGUGAACUGAUGGCACAGAUUGACGCGAAUUUCAUGGCUCAUUCACAGGAGAAAGAGAGAAUUUUGGCCGAUGCGGAACGGGAUCGCGAAAAAUUGAACGAUGAAAUUGAUACGCUGAGACGAUCGUUGGAUGCGGAAAUUAAACGGCGGAAAGAGGCUGAAAGGAAUAAAUCACCAGCCAAUAUUGUCUUAGCACCGAGACAACGUAAAGAGAGUGGCGUUUUUGAGGUGAACAGGUCGGUUUGA